AACAAAUAGAAAAUUUAAUGAAUUGCCAUAAAAAAUAAGAACCAAUCAGUUUUAUAUAAAUGUUUAUCUAUCUCUCUAAAGCCUCAUAACUCUAUAUAUCGCCCAGUCUUUUUAUCUCUCUGACUCUCUCUCUAUGGACGAGGCUACCGGAGAAACAGAAACUCAAGAUUUCAUGAACGUCGAAUCCUUCUCUCAGCUUCCUUUCAUUCGCCGUCCUAAAGAUAAGAACCCUAAACCCAUUCGUGUCUUCGGAAAAGAUUUCACCGGCAGAGAUUUCUCUAUUACUACCGGUCAAGAAGACUACACCGAUCCUUACCAGACCAAAAACAAAGAAGAAGAAGAGGAAGAAGACCAAACCGGAGACAACAGUACGGACAAUAAUAGCAUCAGCCACAACAGGAGAUUCGAGUGUCACUAUUGCUUUAGAAAUUUUCCUACUUCACAAGCCCUAGGUGGACACCAAAACGCUCACAAACGCGAACGUCAGCUUGCCAAACGCGGUGUUUCCUCUUACUUUUAUCAUCCUGACAAUAACCCUUACAGUUACCGUCAUUACCCGUCGUGGACCAAUGGUCCGUUAACCGCGGCUAGGUCCUAUGGAGGAUUUUCUUCUGGUCCUAAGCCGUCGGGGUAUUAUACACGACCCAGCUAUGGGAGUCAGUUAGGACUAUGGCGUCUACCGCCUCGCGUUCAAGGCGUUUAUAACUCAAACGCAGCGUUUACUAGUAAUGGCUCUUCUUCUUCUUCUAAUUCGACUUUACCGUUGUUGACCCGUUCUCAAACUCAACUAUCAUCGCAAGUGGGUGGCUCCGCUGCUCAGAACAGAAUGUCAUCGUACGGUUACGGAUUGAGCCCUAACGUGCAAGAUCAUGUGAGUCUCGAUCUUCAUCUUUAAAGAUUUGAAAACAAAAUAAAACUCUUAUUGAGUGUUAUGUAACUUAGUGCAAGAAAAAACAACCUAAGUUAUUGAAUAUUACGUAAUCUUUAACGAUUAGACUUCUUAUUAUCUAUACCUAUUCCCUUAUUGAAUGUUUUGUAAGGUAAGAAACGGCACGAUGUGUAAGAUUCACGGCAUCGAUCUUUCUUUUUUUACCCAUACGUGCUUGAAUGAAGGAAGGGAAUUUAUGAAUUUACGUGUCCACAUUUAAUAUAGCUUCGAACACUAUCG